AUGGAUGCGGCAGAGGACCGCGAGGUCAAACUUCAACGCGCCUCUGGCGACCUCGUCACGGAGUUUUCUGCCAAACUGCCGUCGUUGCUGUGGAAGUCCCGACCCGAGCAGGCAAACACCCGCGUGCCACGGCGAUGGACGCCCGCGGCCAAAACAGAGAGACUCGUAGCACUUUUGGAGCCCUUUCAGGAGUGGCCGCAGCUGCUGGAUCCCCACCUGCAGACGCUUUUGCCCCCCCUGGUCGAUGCGUUCCUGGCAUACUUGCUCAAGCAUCGCGAUCAGUACGCAUCCAAGGCGGCAGGUUCACAGCGACAGCAGGCGGCUUAUCCUCUCCCGAGAGCCAUUUGUAGGCUGCUCUACACUUUCUGCAAGGUUCGCGGGGUCAAGGUCAUCAGCAGGUUCCUGAACAAUGAGCCGAAGUAUCUCGACCCGCUACUACGCGCUUUCAUUGAGUGGGACUCUGUUAGCCAAGAUGAAUCCGAACUAUCACUGACAGACAUUCCCCUGCGUCUGGUCUGGGAGGAGCGAUACGUGAUGCUGAUCUGGCUUUCUCACCUAUUAUUUGCUCCAUUCGAUCUGGAUUCGAUGUCUUCGGACGACAUCCCGAUUCCACAUGACAAUCUCGGGCAACUCAAGCCUAUGCCGGCGCACACGCCAACCGUCACGAAAUCUCUUCUGUCGGUGGCAUUGAACUACGUCAAUGCCUCGGGAAAGGAGCGCGAAGCUGCCACAGUCCUUCUGGCGCGGCUCGUGCUUCGGCGCGAUAUGCAAGCACUCGGUCUUCUGACCAACCUGACAGAUUGGGCAUUUUCGGUGGUGCGGCCGACAGGGAAGGCUGAACCCCCUUCAGUCUACACGUGUAUCGGCGUGUUAUCCUUUAUUGCGCGCUUGGGCGCUUCCGGUCAGGUUGAGGAUUUUGCUCCUCUGGUAGCUCCUGUCUUUGAACAAACCUUACGGGUUUUACAAGGCGACUCGGGAGUUUCCGAUGUUAUUAAAUCUUCUGCCCUGGCGCGGAAGACUAUCAUCAAGAUCCUCCGCACAGUAACAGUGAUGGCGCUAUCUCUGAACGAGAGAGGCAACAAUGUAAUCUCAGAUGAUCAAGUUUCCACUAUUUUAGAGGACGCUAUCGAUCAUUUCCUCGUGGCUCUGGCUGACAAGGACACACCUGUUCGUUUUGCUGCAAGCAAGGCUCUGAGUAUCAUCACCCUGAAGCUGGACCCGGAUAUGGCGACCGAAGUUAUCGAAGCCGUGACCGGCUCCUUGGAGGAGAAUAUCCUGUACGAAAAGCGGGAUGGUAAUAUUGUGACGCCGCUGGAGGCGCGGAGAAUCGGCAUCAAUACUCUGAAACGGAAUUUGAGCGCCGUCGAUGCCCAAAGGUGGCAAGGCUUGAUUCUGACGUUAGGUCAUCUCCUGUUCCGCCGCGCUCCCCCUACCCACCAGCUGAAUGACGUUCUCCAACCACUAGUCUCGGGACUUGACUUCGAACAGCGGUCAUCAACUGGAAGCUCGGUUGGAACCGGUGUGCGUGAUGCUUCUUGUUUCGGCAUUUGGGCUCUGUCUCGCAAGUAUACAACCCAGGAACUGCUCGCUCUGAAACCGCAGACGAUCAGUACCGCGACGGCUCAAGGUGUAGAAGAAAGUACAUUGCAGAUGCUCGCCAUCGAGCUGGUGUGUGCUGCAUGCGUUGAUCCUUCCGGAAAUAUCCGGAGAGGUGCUUCUGCAGCACUGCAAGAACUUAUUGGCCGUCAUCCCAACACAAUCGCCGAGGGCAUACCACUCGUACAGGUCGUGGACUAUCAUGCCGUUGCUCGGCGCUCAAGAGCGAUGAAUGAUGUUGCAAAAGCCACGGCCUCUCUCAGCCACCAUUACUGGAGUCCUCUGGUCGAGUCCUUGAUGCACUGGCGUGGGAUUGGCUCACCGGACGCAGAGUCGCGGAGACACGCCGCUCAAGCGAUAGGAAGUUUGAGCACUCAGAAAUCCUACAAGACCAUGCAACACGUGUUCCAGCGCUUGCUGCACAAACUCUCCAGCAUCCCACACAGUGAUGUCGAGACGAGACACGGCUGUUUCUUAGCUCUGGCAGCUACUAUCGACGCGUUCAACACCUUGCGGGAGACGCAUGGUGAAAGCGGAGACCCAUCCGAGGCGCUGAGGGUUGCGAACCAAGUGGCUCAAGUGUGGGAGAUAUUUGGUUCUCCAGCCGGACCUACCAAAGAUGACUUGACGCUGCAGAGCGUCCGGCCAGAAUUGACGGCUGAAGCCUCUUCGUGCCUAAUUCUUUCACUUUCCCGGUCGGCGAUCUUGGAAAGCGAACCACGGACCUCCCAGCCAUCAAGCACAUUACUUGACAAGACCCGUGAAAUCCUUCUGCUCUGCAUUUCGCGCAGUGAAGACAUCUCUAUCGAGUGCUCAUCGAACGCCGUAGCAGAGCUACUGCCUCUCUUAACGCCCCCUGACCAGGAGGUCAUGAUCCAGGGCUGGUUCUCUCACAUCCAUACCACUUGGAACUUACCAACCGGCCGCGGUCAGAUCACGGCCCUGGGCUCUGUUUUCAUGCGUAUUGAGCCCGGCAGUGCUCUCAGAAAGUCCAUCAUAGAUAUUAUCAUACAGUGUGCGGAGAAGGAGGAACUGAUAGAGAAGAGGGUAGUCGCUGUCAAAAGCUUGGCUACCGGCGUUCUGCCAUACAUAGACGUGACGGACGAUAUUGUGGACCACCUUGUUAGGUUCCUGAAUGAUUACACAACAGACCGACGCGGUGACAUUGGGUCAUUGAUCCGGCUCGAGGCAAUCCAAGCCGCUAGAAUUGUCCUAGAAAAGGAGUCCGAACGUACGGAUGAUACUCUCCGGGUACAGGAUAUCGUUGGCUGUCUCUGCCGACUUUCAGCAGAGAAGCUGGACAAAGUGCGUAUACAGGCGUGGACAUGUCUCCAAAGCUAUUGGGAGACGGCGGAGGGCUUUCCACCGUUGACAAGGAAAUACGAGCACUUCAGUCAUGUGUCUUCGGUUGGAUACUUCCUGCAGCUGCUCCAGUUGCAAGACAUUGACUGGCUGCGACUGCACCUCUUUCAAGGCCUCGCGACGUCCACUGUUGCUGGUAGCGAAGGACUCAUCCGAUCUACGCGUGCGGCCUUGGUGCAGAGAAUACAAGAGGCAGAACAGCGACAGUCCUUGGCCGUAGCUAUCGUGAAUGAUUUGACAAAAAUACUAGGCGAGAACCUCCAGGAUGACCGCUUCGCGAUCCCCGUGCUAGAGCUGUUGGCAUUCUUGUUAGAUGGCUUCGUCUGCAAUGUCUCCGAAGAUGUGGUCCCAAGUUUGCGGAAGUUGUUCGUUCUCGUUCAGAAAGCGCAUUUCAAAUCGUCCAAUAUCUUGAGGCUUGAAGCUGCAGCCCGGGCUUAUGCGUCUCUGUCGAGAAUAGAACAGCUGCGUACGGAUGUCCUGAAGAAGAUGACAGCGAUGCUGUUGCAUCCGUUCCCUAGGGUCCGAAACACAGUGGCUGAGUACCUCUACAUGGAGACCGAGUUGGAUCUGGUGGGACUAGAGGAUUGGUCUAGGCCGACUAAGGAGCUUAAAGCACAGGUGGAGAAGUUGAGGGAGAGUCUGGGAUCUCCCCGUUGCAAACAUGGCGGCUGCAUCAGCGCCUACUCCCAAUGUCUCCCCCAACUGCACGUCCGCAACCUCGAAGAGCGCAUCAAAGUCGACCAGCUGAAAGAAGCCCUCGAGGAGAUCUUCUCCGAAUACGGAACCGUGCUGGACAUUGUCGCGAAGACGAACCUGAAGGCCAAGGGCCAGGCUUUCAUUGUCUUCGAUAACGUCGACUCCGCGACCCGCGCCAUCGACGAGAUCAAUGGCUUCGAGCUCUUCGAUAAACCCAUGGUCGUCGAUUACGCCAAGACGAGAAGCGAUGCUACGGUUUUGAGGGAGGGCGGGGAUGAUGAGCUCGAGGCUCAUAAGCGGAGGAGGUUGGCGGAGAAGGAGCGCAAACAAGCCCACGAAGCCCUCGAAGCGCAGAAGAAACUCAAACGCCCCUCCGGCCCCGUCGAACCCGGUCGUCCCGCGAAGACCGUCAAGGGCGCCGGCCUCAAGCCCACCAGCGGCGCCGCCGCCGCCGUCAUCCCCGACGAGUAUCUCCCGCCCAACAAGAUCCUGUUCCUGCGGGACCUGCCCGACUCCGCCGACCAGGACAACCUCACCGCCGUGUUUGGGCGCUUCGAAGGCUUCCAGGAGGUCAGACUGGUGCCGGGACGCAAGGGUAUCGCCUUCGUCGAGUACGAGAGCGAGUCCGGCGCUAUCAGUGCCAAGGAGGCGACGUCGGGUAUGCCCAUGGGCGAGAGUGGGAAACCCAUCCGCGUUACGUACCAGAGACAAUAG